AUGAGCGGGUUUCAGUUUCCCCCUCCGCCGCCACCGCCGCCCUCUAGUAGGCCAGACCAACAUCAGGUAGGUCCACGCGGCCAAUCCGAACCCAGAGGCAGAGGCCGGGGUAGGGGCCGUGGAACAAAUGACCAUGGCAGCAGAGGAAGGGGAGGCUACGGGCGUGGUAAUGAACAACAGCGUCAGAGAGGUCAGCCUCAUCGCUUCGCGUCUUCCGGGGCUCCUCUCGCUCUCGAUCAGACGCAGCUUCCAGAUCAUCCCAUCAACGGAAGUUCGACUGGCAAUGCUAUCGACGCACAAGCCGCAGCGCCUUACAUGAUUCCCCCAGGAUCCUACAUCAACCCAGCAUUUGCAAACACCGCAAACCCCCUUGGCGACGGAUUCAAUAGCAAUGUAGCAGCUCGCGGACGGACGAAUUGGCAGCAACCUGGCAAGCAAGGCCGCAAUACUGGUUCUUAUCCGAGCACUGCUCAGCCGAACAAUUCGUCAAUCAGCUGUGGUUCACGUUCUACUCCUACGGCAGGAGUCCGUAAACGAAAAUUGGACGCAUUUCAACAGCAGUCCCCUUUAUCCCAGACGCGAGAGAUCACAGGCGAGCCAACGAAUCCGAGCAUACCCAGCUUCGGAGCACCAAUACUUCCUGAGACAAAUCUUUCGUCAUCGAGACCCGAGAAGUAUGAUAUCACCAAAAGGGGUGCUCAGAAACAGAGUAAUAUAUUAGGGCUCACGCCACAGCAAGUGGAUCCCUUGUACUCCUCGGAAAGCGAUGAUGAGGAAGAGAUGGCGGACGAGGAAGCCAUCUUGGCUAAAGGUCUUGGGCCAGGUCUUACCUUUCAUGACGCCAAUGGAGAGAUGAAAACACUCAACUCAGCCGCUGAUCUGCUAGCAUGGCGAACUGCAAGACGAAAGAACUUCCCCACCAAGGACCGCAUUACUGAAAAAUAUGCAGAGAAGCGGAGAAUCGGGGCGGAGCGUGGGAGACUACUCACAGGAGCCAAAGAGAAGCUGGACGAGGCCAUGGCGGGGUCCUCCGUCACGAACAGCAGAGCAACUACGACCGCUGCUCAUGACCCUCCUGUGGCUAAAGGCGUUCCUACAUCACACAGCGACGGGCAUCUACUUGCGGGCACAGAUUCCAAAGAUGCCGGAACUGAGUUCCCGCAGAGCCCAAGCGCAGCACGCUCGGCAAAUGUCCCGCCUGCUUCAAGCCCAUCUAAGCUGCAUUACGCAAAUCUAGGGAAUCGGACGACUCACAGAGUGGGAGUACUGGCCGCCGAGACACCAGGUCCGCAGCCUACGCAUGACCCGGGUGUCGAAGUCGAGUCUUCCUCGAUACCAACUAAAGCCAACUCUUCUCCACUGGUGUCCGACGCAGAGCUCAGCGAUGAUGAGCCUCCAGAAGAGAUUGCAAUCAAGCGCCAGCCUCGUUCCGACACAGCAUCCAUUCCGUGCAGAUUCUUUACUGCGAGCGGAUAUUGUAGAGACGGCUCUGAUUGUCGUUUCAAGCAUGAGAUCUCGAAACGAGGCGGAUACAAGUCGAACGAUGCAACAUUUACUACGCAAAGGAGAGAUCCCUAUGCACCGCUGCUUGACGCUCCCGACCACAGCCACAAGAAGAGUUUGCAUCAACGCCUGCUCGAGCGAGAACAGCAAGAUGAAGAUAAGAUCGCAUUGCAGGUCAUCAAAUAUCUGGGCAGCAUGGACUUCUUUGCCGCAGACAGCUUGACAAAGUAA